CCAACUUCCCGUUAGCUUCAGCUUCACUGUAUUUCCUUAAGCAAAACACAGCCCUUUCCCCUUUUCUAUCCUUCACACUCUCUCUCUCUCUCUAUAUGUAUAUCUCUUUCUCACUCUAUAUUAUACUAUUAUACUGUACACGUACAAUUAUUGUCAUGUAUAUGAUCAUACGGAAUAUGCGACGCCCGAUUCUUGAGCUCCAAUCACCAAUCUCCUCCGCUCCUCCCUCACUUCCCCUGAACCAAUUUCUGCCCCGCCGCCGUCCCUCUCCUUGAAUUCAUCUGCGGCGGUGCCGUGGUGGUGGCUGGAAAGCCUGGAAUGGCAGUUUAUACAGACGUUGAGGCCGUGCUUGGAUUUCUUAAGAAGAAUGGGUUUACCCAGUCUGAGUUUGCUUUGAAGGAAGACAUCGUGGAGAGAUCCCGAUUGGGUGGUUCAUUUGAUUUCCAGAGGGUAUUCUUUCCCGUGGUGCCGCCGCCUUCUGAGCUCAAGAUUCCGCCCACCCAGAGGACUGAGGAGGUUUCCGGUGGUGGGUUUGGUGGGAGUGGUAAUCAAAGCCCCCAUUCGUCUGAGGAUGAGUUUAUAAGCUUGGGUUCUUCAACCACAGAGCUCUGUUCAUCUGAGUUCACAAAUCCAUAUGGAAUACGUUGUGACACAUAUCCGAGCUCUCAAGCAUCAUCUGAUAGAAUGUCACAGUUUGGGACAGCACGAGACUAUCAUGAUUUCGAUAUGCAAAAUGACAGUUUCUGGUACAAGGAAAAAGAUGAAGAUUAUUCCAUGCCGCCUGAUUUUGGAGGCUCAGAUUUUGCUUCUGUCCCUAGUGAGGAUAAAUUUGUUAUGACCUUAGGCUCGGGGAAUCAUCAUAAUGAGGACACUAAAGAUAAAUUUCCAAAUGAAAGUGACUUUUUUUAUAAAUGUGUGGAAGAUGAAGGAAAUGUUCGAAAGAGUGAAGAACUUUGUGCAGAUUACAGAUGUUCCUCCCCCCUUUGUGCUUGCUGUGGUGGCACAGGAGCAGUCUAUGCAGAGGACCUUAGCGACUAUGGUGUUGUGGAUCUGAAGUUAACCAAUGAAAAGGAUUUGAUCCAGGAAAAAUCUGGAGAAGAAAGAAGCAUCGAAAAUGAAAGCAUUAACUCCAUUACAAAAAAGAAUUCAAUUUACAGCUCCGACAAAGAAUUUGGUGGAGAACCAAAAGAAGCUGAUUUAGAAGCAGAUGAAGAAGGCGAUCCUGCUAUCAAUGAGCUUCAAAUGUUUGAUACCAGCGAGGAUGAAUUUCAAACAUUCGAUCUUAGAAUUAUACACCGAAGAAACAGGUUCUUUUGUAGCAAACAGUUGUACUUAUAUUAUAUGCCAUCAUCCACAGGACAGGAUUUGAGGAGAACAAGGACAUCCCUAUAGUUCUCAACAGUAUCGUCGCGGGUAGAUAUCAUGUAACGGAGUACCUCGGUUCAGCCACCUUCAGCAAAGUUUUUCAGGCACAUGAUCUUCACUCUGGAGUAGAUGUUUGCUUGAAGAUAAUAAAAAAUGACAAGGACUGCUUUGAUCAGAGCUUGGAUGAAAUCAAACUUCUGAAGAUUGUAAACCAGCAUGAUCCUGGUGAUGAACGCCAUAUAUUACGCCUCUAUGAUUACUUUUACUAUCAGGAGCAUCUCUUCAUUGUUUGUGAGCUUUUGCGAGCUGACUUGUAUGAGUUUGAGAAAUACAAUCGAGAAUGUGAGAGUGAACCAUAUUUUACAAUGUUAAAGCUAAAGGCUAUAGCACGGCAGUGCCUCGUGGCUCUGGAGUAUUUGCACAGUUUGGGGAUCAUCCACUGCGAUCUAAAGCCUGAAAAUAUCCUCAUCAAAAGUUUUAAGAAGUGUGAAAUAAAAGUUAUUGAUCUCGGAAGCAGUUGUUUUGAGACAGACAACUUGUCUUUAUAUGUGCAGUCAAGGUCCUAUAGAGCUCCUGAGGUUAUCUUAGGCCUCCCAUAUGACCAUAGAAUUGAUCUUUGGUCUCUUGGAUGUGUACUGGCUGAGCUAUGCACUGGAGAGGUGCUCUUUCCAAACGAGGAAAUUCCAGUAUUGCUUGCACGCGUGAUAGGUGUACUUGGUCCCAUCGACAUGAAUAUGUUAUUGAAAGGACAAGAGACAGACAAGUAUUUUACAAAAGAAUUUGACCUCUAUCAAAUAAACAAGGAGACGAAUCAAGUGGAAUACAUAAUACCUGAGGAGACAUCCUUGGAGGAUCAGUUACAGGUCUUCUCUGAUCCUUUGUUCAUUGACUUUGUAAGCAAUCUGCUUCAAAUUAAUCCUAAAAGCCGACCCACCGCUUCUCAGGCUCUUCAACACCCUUGGCUUCUUUCGUGAUACAGCAUAAUCCAUGUUUAGAUUUUUCCAGUAUCAUGGAUUUUAUUAUAAUUUUUAUAAAAUUGAAAUCCCAGUUCGGAGCUGGAUUUGGUUCUCAAUCCCAAAGUCUUCCACGCAGUUUAAAAAAUCCAAUAUUCACAUCAGGUUAUGUUUAGUCCAUACAUACACUAGCAAUAAAAUACCGUAGGUAGUCUUGAUUCUUGUAUAGCUGUUUGAAUUUUCUUGCUGUUUACAAAUUCUUUGUUUACAUGUCUUAACGUAGAUGUAUAUGUAACUGGGCGUUUUGUUUGUUUUUUUGGAUGACACUGAUAAUCCGGUUCACUUGUAUGACCUACCAGAAUAUUUUUAUAAUAAUUGUUUGAAGUUUCCUCAUUCUUUU